GUACUUCUGCUCCCCAGCAUGACUCCCCUGCUGAAGAGGACACCUCCCUGCUCCUCAACCUGGAGCCUCCCGGGGAGCAUGGCCAGCAGCAGGGAUGUCACCCCCCGGGACUGCCUGCCCACUGCCAGCCCUGGGACCCCGUCCUGGACCCCUCUGGUGGCAGAGAACACGUGUGUGCAGACCAUGGAGUGGCUGUGUCCCCCAGCCAACCCACACCUCCACCCCUUGGGGUACAGAGAGAUGAAGAAGCAGAGGACAACUCUGGGUCAGCCCAUGGGGACACUGUUCCUCCUGCCAGGAGCAUCCAGGACUCUCUGGCCUCCCUGCAGGAAGCUUUGCAUGGCUGGGCCACCUCCAACGUGCAGCAGGCAGCUGAGCUCCAGAAGAUGGGCCGUGGCCUCCUGCAAGCUCAGCACAGGGCAAACAGGCACCUGGGGCCCUUGCCCCAGGAGCUCGGAGCCAUGCCCCACUCCCGGGCCACCAUUGCCUCUGCUGUGGGCCCUUUGCUGCAGCCCACGGGCAGCCCGUGCCCCCCCCCUGCUGCAGACAGGGACUGGUGGUCCCUGCCCUCCACCCUGCUGGAGCUCUUCCCUCCCAGCCCCCUGCAGAGGCAGGAACCCCCAGGUUUGGGGGCAACCCCUUGCCCAAGCAUCCCCCCUCUUGCUGCCCCCCCGGCCAGCCCGGGGCACUCGCAGCCCCCCAGCCCGACCUCCCGAGGGGGGGUCCCCAAAUCCAGGCACCCCACGGGGGACAAGGGUGGUGGGAAGGCCAGCAGCAGGCAUGGGAAGAGGAGGAAGAGGUUCUCCACCCAGGUCCUCCCGGAGCCCAGGUUCUCCACCCAGGUCCUCCUGGAGCCCAGGUUCUCCACCCAGGUCCUCCCGGAGCCCAGGUUCUCCAUCCAGGUCCUCCUGGGGGACCUCUUUGGCACUGGACGUUUGGUGAGGGCUGCAGAGCUGAGCCUGGGCUCUGCUGCCUGCCCCCCUGUGGCCCAGAGCCCUGCUGGGGCCACCACGGUGACCUUCCUGGCUGGGCUGCACCAGUGUGGCAGCACCCUCAGGGUGACCCCUGAUGCUCUGGUCUACAGCACAAGCCUCAACUACAAACCAGUUCCUACUGGGAACCCUCUCAUUGUCCGCAGCAGCUCGGCCACCAUCCCCAUCCAGUGUCACUACCCCAGGAGACACAACGUGAGCAGCAACGGGGUCAAGCCCACCUGGGCACCUUUCCACUCCACCCUGUCCAAGGAGGAGAAGUUGCCCUUCUCCCUGCGCCUGAUGAACGGUGACUGGAGUGCUGAGAGGGUCUCCACGGUGUUCCAGCUGGGAGAGGUUCUCCACUUCCAAGCUGCUGUCAGCACGGAGAACCACGUGCCCCUGAGGCUCUUCGUGGACAACUGUGUGGCCACCCCCACCCUGGGCAGGAGCUCUUCUCCCCAGUAUGCUUUCAUUGACUUCAGUGGGUGCCUGGUGGAUGGGCAGCUGGAUGAUGCCACCUCGACUUUCAUCUCCCCAAGACCCAGCCCAGGUGUCCUACAGUUUGCAGUAGAUGCCUUCCAGUUUGCAGGAGUCUCCAGCCACCUGAUCUACAUCACCUGCCACCUGAAGGUCUCCCUGGCUGAUCAAGCUCCUGACCCCCUGAACAAGGCUUGUUCCUUCAACAAAGCCAGCAGCCUGUGGGCUCCUGUGGAAGGCACCAGAGAUGUCUGCUCCUGCUAUCACUUGGUGGAAGAAGCAGAUGUGGUGGUGGGACCUCUUUUCAUCCACAGCUGGCAGGACCACCUGGUUCAGAAGACACCUGCCCAAGCUGCUUUUGGGGAGCAAAAUGGAGCUUUGCUGCUGGAGCGUGACCUGGGGGGUGGGGCUUGA